AUGGAAGUGGGCCGAGCUUUUGGAGAGAUGGCACUGCUCUACAACUGCAACCGAACUGCUUCCGUUAAAGCUCUGACAAAUUCCAAAUUUUGGACGUUGGACCGGAGAGUUUACCAGCAGAUUAUGAUGAACUCCUCCGUUCAUAAGCACAAAGAAAACUUCCAAUUCCUGUUAAGUGUUUCCGACUUCAAAAAUCUCUCCCAACGAAAACUCCACAAAUUGGCCGACGUGUUAGAACUAAUCUACUACCCAGGCAAUGAUUACAUAAUACGACAGGGUGAAGUUGGCGAAACCUUCUUCAUUAUACAUUCUGGACAGGUGAAAGUAACUCAGUCCAAAGCACCAGGAGAGCCUCCACAGGAUAUUAGAAUACUUGAAGCAGGAGACUGGUUUGGUGAACGAGCUCUUUACACUCGAGAAAAGCGUAGCGCCAACGUUGUUGCCAUGCCACCUGGCGUCCAUGUUCUUUGUCUCGAUCGAUCUCAAUCUCCAGCCACAGACGGAGAAGACUACUUCGGCUCGGUAGAGAAACGUGCAUCAAUGACCUCCCAAGCCUCUCUCGAAGAUGGUACACCUGGAAUAUCCGUUUCAAUAUCUAGUAGUCGUUCUGGCUCUGGAAUGGGAGCUCUCUCACCCUUCUUCCCCACAGUCGCUCCUGUUCCUGCGGGUAAACGGAGUGCAGAGAUGGCAGGCGUGGAUGCAGACACUGUGGUGGGGAAUGCGCGAGCAAUCGCGGGUAGAAAUGCAAUCAAGUAUGAAGAUCUCGUACCCGUUGCCAUACUGGGAAUAGGUGGAUUCGGAAGGGUUGAACUGAUAACUAUUUCCAUGGGCAUUCUGGAACAUCUGUGA